AUGGCCGAAACGUUCGGCCAUGGCCAUCCGUUCGAUCUAAUGGAAGCCCUAGAAGAGGCGGAGCUCACAGGAACCGCCCAUCGGACUCAUAGCGCCACGGCCUGGGAUCCUAACGCCUGGGAAUGGGACAGCCUUAUGCUGUUACCGCACCCCGCCGGCACGAGCCUCCCCACUUCCACCACCGAAUCCUCCUACUUUCCGCUUGCACUGUCCAAUACCCAACCGCACCACGAGGCGCAGCAGGACUCCCCGUUAAACUCCCAAUCGCAAGCAUUCCCUUCCCUGUUGGAAUCCGCUGCGCACGCCUUAUCCGCUAAGAACCCCGACGCGGAUCUCGCAAACCCCGCGGGGCUAUUCCCGCAGCUCGAUCUAGCCGUCAGUAGAGGCCUCGCGCUGCUAACAGGCGACGACGACGCGCUACAAGUAGGAGAAACGGCCGGCCUUGGCCCUAAGCGAAAGGACCAGCCGCCAACCGCGGCGGAUUCCGAUUGCCCUAAUUUUAGAGCCGGUAGAGUGCCGUGCGAAUGCACGCAGGCCGACGCGCAGCUCGCAGUUAAGCGCCAGCGAUUCCACGGCCGCGGAGGACCGUUCCCAGGCGCGCGCGCGUCGUCAGGGCGCAAGGGGGAUAAGGGCGCGCGGAAGCGCGGAGCGGAUGCGGAAGGGGCGGGGUCGCAGGCGACGGGGGGAUCGGGUAGCCUGCGAUGCCAAGUGGACGGCUGUGAUGUGCUGCUGUCGACCCUGCGCGAGUAUCAUCAACGGCAUCGGGUGUGCGAGGCGCAUGCGAAGGCGGGAUCGGUGGUGCAUGAGGGCAUUGUGCAGCGCUACUGCCAGCAAUGCGGCCGGUUCCAUCCCAUCGGCGAUUUCGACGAGGCUCGUCGCAGCUGCCGUCGCAAGCUGCAGCGACACAACAACUUGCGAAAGCACAAGGCGCUCAAGCCGCCCACUCCCGCCGCUUUCCCCCUCCCGCCGUCCCCGCCCAACACGACCGCGGACGAGCGCGCGUCGCCGGAGAAAAGCAGCAGUGGCGGAAGCGGAGGCGACGGCGCUGGCGGAGAAACUGGCGCGGCGUCGGGGGAGGCGGAGACUAAGCGGAACGUUGCCGUGGAGGCUUUAAGAGGGCGGGCGAGCGACGGGAUUGCCCGUGGCGGAGGGGGAGAGAACGGACCCAAACUGCGGCACGAGGGGGAUUUCCAGGGAGAAAGGGUGGGCGGUGAGAGGAAGGUCGGGAGGGCGAUGGGGGUGCGGGAGGAGGGGGAGGAGGUGAAGCAGAAGCUGUCUCUGGUGGCGGACGGCGCGGUGUCGCCGCAUGGCGCGCAUGCCGCUCGUAAAGCGCGCGAAACAUGCAACGAACAUGAGGCUCACGGCGUUCUUAACGCGGACGCGUCUGCGUCUGCCUCUAUGCACAGCGACACUGGGGACAGCAACGGCGACGCGGGCACGAGGCGUGCUCUGGGACUGGCGCGAGGGAAUGGGGACGGUGGAAGCGCUGCUGCUGACCCACCUGGUGCUUCUCCUACUGCGCCUGUUACUGCUACGCGCACGCCGCCUUCUAACAUACCAAUGGCUCGAUUCGCUCCGCCUCCCCCUUCUCCCGCGUCUCGCUCCCUCGCCGGACCUCUUUCCUUCGCUCCCUUUACCCCUUUCCCCGUUCCUCCCCCCCAACCUAUCUCCGACCCCGCGUGCCCCGCCCGCACGCCCGCGGCGGCGCCUCCCGGCGCCUUGCGCCAAGCCCCCGCAGAGGAGGAGGAGUCCCAGCAAAAGCAGCAAGAACAGCAGCAGCAGGUGAAGGGGCGAGGGCAGGGGAUGGAGAAGCAGCAGCAGUCGGAGGGUGAAAGGCAGACGAAGCAGGGGUCAGCGCAGGGCGAGCAGAGAGAAGGGGUGGUGGCGGGCGACGAGAGCGCAGGGCGAGAGAGGGCAGGGGAGCAGCACCAGCGCACGGGGCGCAUCUCCCUGAAGCUGUACGACUGGAACCCAGGGGACUUUCCCCGCCACAUUCGAAACCAGAUAUUGGAGUGGCUGUCGUGCAUGCCAUCGGACCUGGAGGGGUACAUUCGCCCCGGCUGCACGCACCUCACUCUCUUCGCGCGCCUGCCCGCCCACGCGUGGUCUCAGAUGGAGAAGCAACCCUCGCCAUUCCUCGACACACUGCUCCACCCCUCUCAACCACUCUCGCUCCACUCCUCCUCGCAUUCCUCCUCCGCUUUGCCUCCCUCCGCCCUCGCGCCCUCCUCGGCUGCAUGGUGGUCAGUGGGGUGCAUGGCUGUGCAGCUGGGAUCGCACACCAUGCAGCAGCGCCUGCUGGUGGACCAUGGAGUCAUCCGUGCCUCCACACAGCUCUACCCCUCACCAUCCGCCCCUCUCCUGCAUCGCCCGCGGGGCCUCCUUGCACUUCCGCUCUCCGCCUCGCCUUCCCGCUUGGUCCUGCGAGCGUCGAACCUGCCUGCUGCCGCUAGGGUGCUCUGCUCUCUCGCCGGACGUUACCUCGUCAACACUGCCACUCACUCGCACACACAAGCGACACAAGCCCACUAUGGGGGCAGGUUUAACCAUGCCGGGGAGACGGGGGAGAUACGGGACAAGAGACAGCUGCAGGGAGAGGAGGAGGAGGAGCAAGAGGAGGAGGAUGAGGAGGAAGAGGAGGAAGCGGAAGAGGAGGAGGAGGAAGAGGAGGAAGGGGCAGAGGAGAUUUCUGUUGUUGUUCCUCCUCUGACUGUGUGGGGCACGCUUCGUGUUGAGGUAUGGCAGAGAGGAAGUGUAGAUCCAACAGAUGGUGCAUUGCAGUGA